AUGACCCCUCCAACCUUUAUCGGUCUAUGUGAGAUAUUAGUUAGAGAGGGUGGUCUUAGACCAACACUUCGAACUACCGUUGAGGAACAAGUUGCAAAAGCACUUUACCUGUUAGCGCAUAAUGUGACAAAUCGUGAACUAGCUUUCUUCUUUCGUCGAUCUGGUGAAUCAGUCAGUCGUUAUUUCCAUACUGUCUUGAGAGCUAUCUUGAGGUUAUAUGAAAAAAUUAUUAAACAACCCGAUGGCUUCCAUGUUCCUUCUGAAAUUGCCAGCACUGGGUGGGAAGGGACGGCAUCUGAUUCAAGAAUCGUGAAAGAAGCACUAAAUAAACAAGACCCACUAAGAAUUCCAGAAGGAAAAUAUUACAUUGUUGAUGCUGGAUUCAUGUUGAGAAGUGGACUUAUUACGCCAUAUAGGGGGGAACGAUAUCACUUGAAAGAGUACUCAAGAAAUCCACCUCAAAAUUCUCGUGAAUUAUUUAAUUUGCGACAUGCAUCUUUGUGUAAUGCUAUUGAACGAACAUUUGGAGUUCUUAAAAAGAGAUUUCCGAUAAUUGCUAGUUCUACAGAGCCAUCAUAUGGUGUUGACACCCAAAAACUUAUUAUAUUUGCAUGUUGUAUUUUGCACAACUACUUAAGAGGUGUAGAUCCAGAUGAUUGGUUACUUGCAGAGGUUGAUGCAGAGCUUGUUAACGAUACAAAUGUGCUUGAAGAACCUUCAAAUAGCAAGGAAAGCAAUGAGGAGUUUAAGAAAGGAGAGUUGAUUCGAGAUCACAUAGCAACGAACAUGUGGCUUGACUACCUUGCUUAA